CCGGAACCUCUUGUUGUUAGUUAACAGCUACAUGUUUCCAGUCGGUUGGUAGUUCAGCGUACACCGGUCUCAUAAUGUCGAGGCACCUUCGCUUCAUUGCUCGGACCGUGAUGGUCCAAGACGGCAACGUUGAUGCGGCGUACAAGACUUUAAACAGGGUCUUGACUCAGGAUGGGAUUAUCGAUACGGUUAAGCGCAAGCGCUACUACGAGAAGCCCUGCCGAGAGCGUCAGCGGAAGAACUUUGAGGGCUGCAGGCGGAUCUACCACACGGAAAUGGCCAGAAAAAUCGCCUUCGUCUCCAAGACAAUCAGAGACGAUCCCUGGCUUGGCUGCUAGUGGCGUGAUGAAACAAGGCGUUAUUAAUGGACUUGUUGAGACGGGGCCAGCUAAGUGGAAGAAGCAUGAGAAAAGUGGCUUUCCAUGUUUAACAGUAAAAGGAAGAGGACGUUUGUAGUCAACGUUGGACAUUUCCAUUUUCUCCACAAAAUUUGGCAUGAAAAGUGCAGCGCUUGUACUCAUUCUUGGUUGUAAUGAGCAGGUCAAUGAACACUUGGUUGAUGACAUUUUGUGUUUUGAAUCUUCCCACACAAUCUUGAUAAUGAAAAAGCUAAUAAAUGUGUGACAUUGUCUGAAAAUCUAAA